AUGAUCAUGGAUACUAUAUCAGACGCUAUCAAACUGUGCCAGAUCGCUCUGGCUGCGAAGAAGGUCCAGAGCAUCAACUACGGCAAGCCGAGGCCGACGCAGGUCACUCUGUUCUGGCAUCUGGUGGUGCUCUCCCGGUACAACAAGUACACGCCCCUCUUCACCACGUUCGCAGGAGUGUGGUCUGCUUUACUAGCUGGCGCAACUGAGUUGUCGAGCCCGUCACCUUCCAUACAGCCCUCGUUCGUCUUCCGGCAAACCGCGCUAUGCUUCCUCUCCGCCUACCUGUUCUGCGGCGCGGGGAUGGUGUGGAACGACUACGUAGACCGCGAGAUUGACGCAAAGGUUGCUCGAACGAAGGAUCGCCCGCUCGCGGCUGAGAAGGUCACCGUGACGGAUGCUAUGUUGUGGAUGAUUCUGCAGCUCCUCAUGUCACUUGCUCUGGUCCACAAGAUUCUCGAUGGGAAGGAUGUAUGGAAGCACAUGAUACCAGUCAUUCUGGCGUCCUGUCUGUAUCCGUACGGGAAGCGACCGAAUGCGCAGCGACUUCGUAUAUACCCACAGUACAUACUAGGCUUCACGGUCGCGUGGCCUGCGGUUCUGGGACGAUCGGCAAUCUACGGCCGACACCAACCGUUCGACUUCACCGUCAGCCAGUGCUUUCCGCUCUGCACGAUGGUCUUCUUCUGGAUCAUCUACCUUAACACGGCGUAUAGCUACCAAGAUAUUGUCGACGAUCAGAAGAUGAGGAUCAAUUCGUUCUACACCGUUGGCGGGCGAAAUUUCCACCGGUUCCUCGUGGCGCUGAUCAGCCCGAUCCUGAUCUGCCUCCCGUUGUACCUCAUCCGAUUUAGGUCCCUGUGGUUAUGGAUGAGUUGGAUGGGGGUCUGGACUGCCACGUUCUUCAAACAGCUGUCCGAGUUCGAUCCGAAAUGGCCGGCGAGUGGCGGAGGGGUACACAAGAGCAACUUCAUCUUGGGAGUCUGGACCAUCGUGGCCUGCGCGGUGGAGGUGCUCUUGAAGAACAAUGACACGGCACGCGCCGCCCUGAACUUUGAUGGAUACAUCCAUACCAAUGCGUCCGCUUGA